AUGUCCAUGUCCAUCAGAGUCUGCCUGUCUGUGCUGCUUCUCCUGCUGGCCGCCGGGACCCGAGUGAUCCGGUCCAGCGUGGUCGACUCCUUCCGAGACUGCAGACACUUCCUCUACCAGCACCUGCCCCCGACGGGCUUCCCCCUGGCUGGACUGCAGAUGAUCUGCCAGCGCUAUCAGGGAGCGCCUCGCUACGCAACCUUGUACCACCCGGGAAAACGCAUCCCCCUAUUCUCAGCCUACACCUUCAAGAAGUCGGAGGGGGAGAAACAAAGGAGAUUCCCCUGGUUGUACGAGCCACAGGUAGGACGUAAACAGCACAGCGAUGAAAUGCAGCCUCUGCCCCUGGCCCAAAGCGACCUGUGCAUUGAGGACUCGCAGGCUGUCCUGGCCGACUACACCGACACCAUCAGGUUUGAGCGCGGGCAACUGAACCCAGAUCAGCACCAGGCCGAGGCCGGCGACAAGGCCGCCACCUACACCCUGACCAACGUGGUUCCGCAGGUGAAGGAGUUCUACAGGGCCCACUGGUCUCGGUACCUGGAGGACAUUCGGCAUCUGCUCAGUAGCUUCUGUCGCGGCACGGCAUUCGUGGUCACCGGCGUCACCACCUCCGAGCACAUGAUCCGGAGGGACAACCGUGACCGCGUGGCCAUCCCGCGCCACCUCUGGACCGCAUACUGCUGCCCCGACUUCGACCUCAACAUGCCCUACCAGUUCCGCUACAAGUUCCCCUCCUUCGCUGCCUAUGGACUCAACGAGGCAGUGAACAGCUUCAUGGUGGAGGUGUCGGCAGUGAAGCUGGAAGCCUUCAUUAAGAGGGAGAUGAGGGUGGAGCAGGACUUCCAGCUCUUCUACAGAGGCUGUGUCCCAGAGGUUGGAGCCGGGAGACUCGUCCUGCUCAGACACACGAAGCUUCGCCUCGCCUCGGAGGAGCCAGCCUCUGCCUGUCCCCCCGGCAUCCCCCUGCGCUGUGCCAUGGCGUGGCCUCUGGCCUGCGUGCUGGGCAUGCUGCUGGCGAUGCGGGUGACAUGGGCGAGCGUGGAGAGCACCCUCCCUGAGGAGUGCAGGGCGUCCCUGUACAAGGGCCGAGCUCCGGCCGGGCUGGAGCACCCCACGCUCAAGCACAUCUGCCAACGCUUCAACGGCAAGCCGCGCUAUAUCACGCUCUACGACUCCCUCGACCGCAUCCCCGUCUACUCUGCCUACACCUUCAAGCGCUCCGACGGGCUGAAGAGGGUGGACGUGCCCUGGAUGUUCGAGCCACAGUUGUCCACUCUGACAGAUACGGGGGAGAUGCAGCCCUUCCCCCAGGAGGACCUGCACUGGAAGUUCGAGGAUGCCCAGGCAGUACUGGAGGACUACUCCAACUCUGUGAACUUCGAGCGCGGGCAGCUGAACCCGGACGAGCACCAGGCUGAGCCCGACGACAAGGCCGCCACCUACACCCUGACCAACGUGGUGCCGCAGGUGCCGGAGUUCAACAUGGGCCCCUGGAAGGAGCACGAACACCGCAUCCGCCGCCGGCUCAACAACUACUGCCGCGGCACCGCCUACAUCAUAACCGGGGUCACCACCUCCGGUCACAUGAUCCGCCGCCGCAACAUGGCGCGCGUGGCCAUCCCCACGUACAUGUGGUCAGCCUACUGCUGCCCCGACUACGACCACAACGCCCCCUACGACGAGCGCUCCAAGUUCCCCAGCUUCGCCUCCCACGGCCUCAACCAGCGAGAGGACAGUGAAGUGAGCGAGAUGACCGUGCAGGCUCUCGAGGACUUCCUCAAGAAGGUGACCUUCGUGGACAAAGGCUUCCAGAUCUUUGAGAAUGGCUGUAUCCCUCCCUUCUCUCUCCCACAUUAG